CUCGGCGAACUCGCUCGCUUCUCCCUCUGAUGUUUGAAAGUUGUUAUGAGGUCCACUGUAAGCAUCUGAGCGACCAAAAAUCUCUAUCGAUGUUUCCGAUGCUUCUACCCAUCUUCAUUCCAGAGAGGAACGAUUAAACAUAUUCAACAAACACAAAUUCCCAUCCCCAUUUCUUCACAAAUGUCAUUGUCUUCUCAAAAUCUCUUCAGAUGUUCGAACCGUUUGAAGUUUUGUAGCUUCACAAACUCCCUUCCCAGAUGCAACACUUCUUUCUCUCUCCCGAUUGCAUCUCGAUUCCUCACAAACCUAUAUCAAUUCCACGUUCAUACGCAUAAGCUACAGAACCCUAAUAAUUUAAGCUCCUUACGGAGUUACUGUCAUUAUGGCAUUGGAGUUUCUGAAUCCGAAGACAUUGAGCAGAGUGACGACAGGGGAGGCGAUUUCAAUUUAGAGUCGGUUCUUUUGUUCUCUGAAUUGUUUUCUCUCUUUGCUUCGGCUGUUUUCUUGGUUGGGUUUGUUGUGAAUUUUGUGGGUUCGAGUUCGAAGAAGGCGCUUUGGGUGUUGAUAGGAGAUAGGGGUUUGGUGUGGGGGUUUCCUUUACUGGUGGCUACCGUUGUUCUUAAUACGUGGAUUCGAAGGCGGCAGUGGAGACGAGUAUGUGGGGAAAAAGCGAGCGGUGGGUUGAAGGUGAAUUUGCUGGAUAGGAUUGAGAAAUUAGAGGAGGAUUUAAGGAGCUCAACGACUGUGAUUCGGGCCUUGUCUAGAAAGCUUGAGAAAUUGGGCAUAAGGUUUUUGGUCACACGAAAAACUGUGAGGGAUUCAAUUGCUGAGUCUGCAGCUUUAGCUCAAAGAAAUUCUCAGGACACUCGAACUUUGGCAGUGCAAGAAGAUGUUCUUGAAAAAGAACUCCUAGAAAUUCAAAAGGUCUUACUGGCCAUGCAGGAGCAGCAGCAAAAGCAACUUGAGCUGAUUAUUGCAAUAGGAGAAAAAGAGAAGCUGUUGAAAAGUAAACAGAGACAUGAUCAAGAACCAACAAGAACUCAAAGGCAGAAUUCUGCCAAUGAGGAGUCAAAAGAGCUGGAAGCUUAUGGAAUCUGAGCUAGGAUCCUCAUCAAAAUGCCCCUCUCUAUUAUCAUUGUAGGCAACAAAAAUCUCACUGAAUUGCGGCUCUUCACAACUAGUGGUUAUGAUCAUAUAGCUUUCACUCGGACGCAAGGAUUCUUGGAGGAAUUGCUUUUGUUUUUUUUUUUUUUUUUUUCCCACCUUCUCUAANGAAU